GGGCAUUACGUUGUGUACGAGUACCGGUACCAUAGUGUGGUCCGGAUGUACUUCUACUUUCCGAAUGAAAGUGUUGUAACAAAGAAGUUCGAUCUACUCACUGAAGAAAAGGCCUUAUAAAGACUUUCUUCUGGCUUCGUCUAUGGUAUUAUCGGUCCCAUUAUCUCUAAUCUAUAGGCAGUAAAAUCUUCGACAACGACAGUUGAUUCUCGUGAAAGAGCACAACGGCGGCGACGAAAAGAACGUCAAUAAUCAGCAAAAAAAAGCACUACUAUCAACAUCAGAGCAGAGCACAACCUCAUCAUGUCUUCAAAUAACAUCAGAAGGAACCCCAACGGCUCUCGGAGGUUUUUGUACGGCGAUCAGGACGAAGACUCCUUUUCUGCACAUAGUUCUCGAUCCCGCAACACUCAGCGCAGCGCCGGAUUUUCGACUCGGGAUUACAUCGUUGACCAAUCCGUCAAUCUCAUGGACAUUGGAAUAGGCGACUCCGCCUCCUCUGUUUCCCUCCCGGCUCGUUCUUCCUCGAUUGCCGGGAUGUUUCGGAGCUCGGUGGAAACUGAGAUCCUGAAUCGCUUCGACGAAUACGGAGAUGCAGCCCCCAUGGCAGAUGCUGAGGAAUACAUCGAUAACGACAAACGGCGUCGAGGGACUGCCAUGUGGAGAAAGUGUCGAAAAGCUCUGUGUUCUAUGUACACCUUGACACUUCUGGUGUCACUCACUGGUAUAUUUCUCGUCGUAUACACUCUGGUAUUGACAGUUAACACUAAGGGUAGAGAAAAGACAGACUCAGUGACAAAAGCCGACAACAAAAGCGGCAGCGGCAGCAGUAACAAAGACGCUAACCACGAGCGUUACGGUAUGAUUCGAUCGCGGAUUGUUGAUGCUGGUGUGACCUCCGAAGGACUCUUCGAUGGGGGAUCUAAGUCUCCACAAAAGUUGGCACUAGAUUGGUUGGUCCUCGAGGACCCUGCAAACCUCAAAGAUGAUCACCCGGCCUUACUCGAUCGUUAUGGGCUAGCUGUCUUUUAUUACAGUAGUGGCAAUGCCAACAAGACAACGCUCGUAGGGGGAUGGAAAAAUUCUGACAACUGGAUGACUGGGAAGGGUAUUUGUUCCUGGCACGGAGUGGAAUGCGGUAUCAGGGAACAAGAAGCGACGGCCGAAAACAAGUUCACACCUUUUACAAAAACCUACGAUGCCGACUCGCAAGUGAAGGGCAUUCGCCUUGAGGACAACAACGUGGAGGGUACGAUUCCCGCCGAACUCUCAGGCUUGAUGGAGCUCGAGAUUCUGAAUUUCGACGACAACAAAUUGAGCCACACGCUGCCGUCGGCACUGGGGAGCCUCUCCAAAUUGAAGGAUCUUUUGAUCGGAGGGAACGCCCUUUUGGGCACUCUGCCUGCGGAGUACGGUGAAUUGACCGAAAUUCACCAGUUGCAUUUGGGGAAAAACCACUUUGAGGGUCCAAUUCCUAACUCUUGGUUGUCUAAACUCACCAAGCUGAGGUAUCUUUCUCUCGAACGAAACAAGAUUACCGGGCCGUUUCCAGAUCUUUCAAGGAUGACUCGUAUGAAGGGUUUGUUUCUGCACGAUAACAACUUCGAAGGCACUCUACCCGAAUGGCUUGGGAGACUGACGGGUCUGUGUAAGUAAAAUAAGAUUGUUUAUCCUGCUUUGUUUUGUGUUUUCUUUCCGUACGAUCAAAACUUACGCGUCAUUCUUCAAAUUUUGUACUCCCCCCCGUCGUUGCAGUGGAUUUAAGGAUAGGAAAAAACAAGUUUGAGGGAAACAUUGGUCUCUUGGCUUCGUUGCAAAACCUUGAGACGUUGCACAUUAACAAAAACUCGUUUACGGGUAGUAUUCCGAAUAUGUUUGAUCACCUUUUCAGGUUACACGAGCUCGUAAUGAACAACAAUAUGUUUGAAGGGUCAAUCCCGCUCACGUUGACACACUUACAAACAUUGAGUAAGUUGUACUAGAUGCUUCCGCUGCUAUGCACUAUUUCAUGCUGUUUCCAGGCAUGCUUGUUUUGAAUCAGAGCGACCUUAUUUAAUGGAUUUUGCUUGCCUCUUUUCCUUGAUCUCCGGCUGACGUGCUGCAGGAACCUUAAAUCUUGGUUUCAACCAACUCGACGGUGAGAUUCCAGCGGGACUAGGCCUCUUGACUGAUAUCAUAAUUAUUUCGUUGGACCACAAUCGAUUCGAGGGCACGAUUCCUACGCUUUUGGGGAAAUUGGAUGAUAUCACCGACCUGACACUGAGCCACAAUCAGUUCUCCGGGCCUAUUCCUUCGGAAUUGGGAAGAUGCUUUCGUCUGGAGCGUCUGCACGUUCAGCACAACACGUUGUUGGGUGACAUCCCCCCAGAGCUCGGAGAGCUGAUCGGCCUUAUCGACCUGCGUCUGGAAUCGAAUCAGUUUGGUGAGACCACGAUGCCGCCCCAAAUAUGCGCCUUGCGAGAAAGUGAAGAAUUAAAGGUUUUGUCUGUCGACGACAAUGUAUCGUGUGAAUGCUGCACGGACAUCCCAGAUGCCUUUUAGAUUACUCAUCGGAAUGAAUCGCGUCGGAUGCGGUAUUUCACCGACCACGGGGCUGAUAAGAGAAACUCUUGCUAGGGCAAAAUGUAAAAGUAGCGUUUAAUCAACAUCCAAUUCCUGACAACAUCGAGAGCAUGUACCGCGUGGGUGCAAUAGGGGUAUAGAAAUAGCAUUAUGGGAUAAUGAUCAAUGCGAGACUCUCUUGGCACGAAAUGGAGUCAACUUAGGAUCGCCUAUGUCUAUUCGCGAAUUGCUUCGAAAGUUCUAUUCGGGUUGGAUCAGAGAAAAAACACUAAAUUCAUCAACCGUCAAACAAAGUAUACUGAUAUUGUCGGCAGGCAACGCAAAGCACUACUCCUUCGAUCGGUCUCGCAAAGCAUUAAUGCCUGUGCAGCGUAUCUAUCAGUGCACUAAUGCGAUGGUUUGUCGAGAAUAUACCAUUCCCAUUCUGUGGAGUGAGACAGUAUUUCGUGUGGUAAUAUUGAGAGCCUCAGUGCCGAGAAUGCGGGUGACAAAUACCUGUCUUUGGCUUUGUUCCGCAACCGAUUGUCUCAUGGCUCAGUUUCAAGCGUAGUAGGUGCAAUACUUGCCAACCUAUACCGUUACAGUGCGACUAGAGUCAAAGCAUUGAUAACAGCUUGAGUACUUUGGUGUUGUUAUAAAAUUAUUUCCCUGUUGAACUGUGCUACCAAUAUUAUUCGAUGGCAACUGAAUUCUCUUUGGUCUAGCCCUCUGGUUCGUUCGGCCCUUGACUCACUCGCUCGCACAGAGAGGAGGAGCCGAUGCUUCCACACAGAGAGGAGGGGCCGAUGCUUCGACGCAGGCGGGAGGAGCCGACACUUUCACAAUCGCCGCAAUUUUGCAUCGGCCGACCGGGCAAAAUCGUUGCUUCGUUAUAGUGGUUUCAUGGUGGUCGUUGCCAUUGUUAUUGUUGCUGUUGCUGUUGCCACUUCUGCCAACGGCAAGGACCUUCUUCGCACAGUCUCCACAGAGGCACUGGUGGCCACACGGAAUAACCACGUGAUCUGCCUCGUUUUCCAAGCAUAUGACACACGUCGCGGAAGUCUGGUAAGACACAAUGGGUUUGGCGUCGUCGUAUUGAGAUAGGCUAAUCAGAUCUUCCUCUUGUUCCUCUGGAGUAUUGGCGUUGCCAUUUGUGUACACCUCCAGAAAUUCCAGGACUUCCUCUCGAAAGGGAUGAUCCGUACGGUAGUUGACCCUCGCCAACUGAAGGGGCGUGAAUCCACCGUCAUUUCUCACGUGGGCGCCCUCGGGGUACGCCUGGAGGAGGGCUCUCACUACAAAGGGCGGAGUUUGGCCGCCAUAGCAGGCCAGGUGAAGAGGCAGGUCACCGCAGGGGUUUUUCGUUUUUACCCAGCGCUGGCCGUCACUGGUUUGCAGCCGUCGGCGUAUCGCGGACCAGUUUUGCUGCAGGACUCUGUGGUGCAGCUUGGUUUGCGUGAGGCCCAUGAUUGAAAUGGUAUGUGUUUGCGGAAUACAAGGUUGUCGUGGAAAUAAUGUUUAUAUCACUGUUGUGUCAUCGCAUCAAACGUGUCAGCACCUAUGUCGAAAAGAGCAGAAUUGUUUUCUGCAAUCGUUUCAAAAACAAAUAUCUCCGGAGUGGACUUUCCCGUACUCGUUGAAUAAGCUCCCACGAACGAAACACACCUCUCUCUUAAGGAGACGAUAACGCGACGGUUUCGUCGGAAUGCGUUGCUGGGCUGCGCUGUACGGUGUGGUGUGUUAAUCGUGUUUCUCUACUUCUUCAAAUCGUAGUCGAACCAUCGUACAAAUCCAAAGUCUCAACACAUAUUGUACUUGCGAACCCCCUUAGAUAGAGAAAACAGAAAACAACUCAUCCUCAAUACUGUAGAUUGAUGAUGGUUAUUCGGUGGGAAAUGAUAGAAGCAAAGCGAUUUUGGUUUUAAAAUUCCGCUAUUCUUGCGGAAGAUUGAACGAUGAUGAUGGAGUUAGUUCUGGUAAGAAC